UGUUUAUAGUUGUGGUAUUAGGGAAUGAAUUAAAAACAAAUAUUUAAUAGGAUUAGCAUCAGUGGUUAAUAAACAAGCAUGUUGCGAGACCUCAUAACGUGGGUGCUGAACACGUAUCUGGGAAAGUAUCUGGAGAACUUGAAUUCCGCCCAAUUGUCGGUGGCACUGCUCUCGGGCGAAGUUGAGCUCGAGAACAUACCCAUACGCAAAGAUGCCCUCCGCUCGUUCAAUUUGCCGGUCGAAGUCACCGCCGGCAGCAUCCGCAAAAUCAAGCUCCAGAUUCCGGUCCGUCAGUUCAGGACAUCGCCAUGGUGCAUCUCCAUCGAGGGCCUGUUCUGCAUCAUCUGUCCGAAGAACCUGGACAACUGGGACUACGAGAAGGAGAAGUUGCAGGAUCUGGAGUACAAGCUGGCCGUGCUGGACACCGCUGAAGCGGGCUGGCGUUCCGAAAAGGGCAAGCAAAUGGAGUCCUACUACUUCUCGUCCUACAAUAACUGGCUGAAGUACGGCACCAACAUGGCCACCAACAUCAUUGACAACAUUGAACUCAAGAUAUCCGAUGUGCACUUUCGGUUCGAGGACAUCGUGGACACCGGCAAGAGCAAGAUAUGCACGGGCAUCAAGAUCGGAUCUCUGACCGCCCAGAGCUGCGACUGUGAUUGGACCAAUGGGUCCUACAAAAUGAACAACAACGAAAUGAACUACAAGCUGGUGGAGCUCAAAGAGCUCUCGGUCUACUGGGAUCUGUUGCACGAGGACAUCAAAUGUCAGUCGUACUCUAACCAGGAGAUUCUCGAAAAAAUGCACUCCACCUGCGAACUCAGGUCCCACAAUUUCAUCAUCAAACCCAUUUGUGCAACGGCCAGGUGGAAGCGUGAUAAAUGCCAGCAGGUGAUACGUACCAAAGACAAACCCAGGGUUUCCUGUGAACUCCUGGUUCCCGAGGUGGUUAUAGACAUAUCUAAGGUCCAGCGACUGCAAAUGUUAGAUAAGCUCUCAGAAAUCCGUCAGGUUAAGGAAGUUCGACAAUACAGGCUAAAGCGACCCACAUUCACCGUAGAAAGUAAUCCAAUCGCUUGGUGGAAAUACGCCACCAUAUGCCAUGGAUUUGACUUUAAGAAAAAUGAGGAAAAGUGGUUAAUACUCAAGGAAAACCUUCGUUACAUGCUACUCUACAAAUCAAUUAUAUUAAAUCCCAACGAAAAUUUAUCCGCUGCAGAUAAGGAAUUCAAAGCCUACAUCGAAAGCGAUAGAAAGAUCUCGGAUUUAACCAUAAUGAGAAGGAUAUGCUUUGAAAAAGUGUUUACGAAAGGUUUCGCCUUUGAAUCACAGAACGAGCAGGGCAAGAAUAUGCUCUUUCAUUGGUUUCCAAACUGGAUGGGUUGGUAUGCGAACAGUCCCAGUACCCCAAAUAUUGAACAGGAUGAAUCGCUGAAACACUUGGAAGAUGAUAUUCUCGUUGCGUUGGAGAACUCACUUCAGAACUCUACCGACUUAAAAAGCGAUGCUGUUUUCGGACACUUUUCAAUCAAGCUUCUCAAGGGACUGGUAAUCCUGCAGACCGAAGAGAAGUUAAAUGAUGGCAAAAACAAGUCUAUGGAAAUGCAAUUCAACAACUUCUCCGCCUACCUCCAGUUGAGCCCACAGUUAACUUCUUACACUGUGGGCAUAUCCUUGCAAGAAGUAUACCUAAUAGACAAGACCAGUAGUGAUACGAUGCACAAUUACUUAAUUAAGCCACAAACAGGGAAUACAGCGACGCCAAAUCAAAUAGUAAAGAAUGGUGCUCUCCAGGAGGAUAUCCUGUUUCAAUUACAAUACGAAAAUUGCAAUCACUUACGCUUUCAGCUGAACAUUAAAUCAAAAGGUCUAGAUCUUAUCUAUAAUGAGGAUGCGAUCCAGUGGCUUUUAGAUUUUCUGGCCGAUUCGAAUUCCUUUAAAUACUCACCGCGCAAUAGAGUCACGAAGAAAACUGACUUUAUGAAGAACUGGAAUCAAAUGUUUAGUGGAAAUGAGGUAAAUCGAAAAAUUUGGAUGUUCGAAAUUGAAAUUUUCGCACCACGCAUAAUAUUUUUGGAAAACUACAAAGUUAGCAAUUCGUUGAUGGUUUUGCUCGAUUUCGGAAAACUAGAAAUGAGGAAAAUGGAGGUUAAGCGAGUUAUACCUGUGAUAGAGUCGGCUGUAUCGGAAAAUACAAGCGAUGACGAUGAAACCUAUUUGACUCCAUGUUCAACUCCGCCUGCAUCGGAAAAAAGUGGUUCGGAAUCUCCCACGCUGCUGGAAAAUCCAAAAACAGAAAGCUUUCUGAACAAAAACGUUCAACUGGAGUACGUUUUGCACAAUAAGAUUUACGAUAAAUAUUUGAUCAACUUUACAAACCUUCAAGUUCUGGUUUGCAAAUACGAAGAACGGUGGCAAGCUUGCUUGAAAACAUCGUCGAAUUUCCAUCUGAUUGAUAAAUUUAAUAUAAACCUUACACUCGAGCAAAGAAAUAUCUUCACCGUCGAUCCGGAGUAUCCUUCAUUUAUGCUCUUCGGCACCUGCCCAACGAUAUUAAUCCACGGCAACGAGGAACUCAUAAACAAUUGUUGUAACAUUAUGAAACCCAUUAUAAAGGCUUCAAAGGAAAUGGAGAACAUUUACAGAGGCGGCAACACGAUUUACCCAAGCGAGAGAAUCAAAAACCUUGCGGAAGACGAUAGGAGCCGAGUUGUCAUAGAGUUUGUAAUGGAUCAACUGGUGAUCGAGAUGCAAUCGACAGAAAGGAGCAUUGCCGAGCUCCAAAUUAUUGGGGCACGAGCUGGCCUAACAAAAGAACCGCAUGAGACGAAUAUUUCCAUGUCGGUUCACGGAUUACUCCUCGUAGAUGCCAUUCAAUCUUUCGGUCCAGAUUUUGAACUUUUGGUGGCUAGUCAUCGUCAUGUUGGAAUGGAUAGUUUAUCUGGCAGCCUUAAACAUAGUGCAAUUGUUUCGCCAACUUCGCCUGGAUCGCCAAAUUUUUUUGAUAGGGCUACUAGUCCGCACAUGAUCACAAAAGCAGUUCAAAAUAUUAAAAUGGGAGAUAGAUCCACAGAAUUCUGCGAAGAUGAGGACUCCACAGCGCUCAUCUCGGUUGACAUUAAAAUUGUUCCGCCCAACGAAAGCAAUUCAAUGCAACUUCACACUACGAGCAUCACAUUCAACAGUUUGGACAUAAUUGCCAAUCAGGAUACUAUUAUUGAAAUUCUAAACUUCGCUAAAAGGACGCUUCUGGCGCAAAAUAUCUUUCCAAGCGAAAGCCAUGAACCGCCAAAGGAAGCAACUGAAGCACCAGUUGAUGUGGUUGACCAAGUCGAUCAUAAGAAUCACAACGAAAUAUUCUUUGAUUUCUUCCGGCUAAAUAUUCUGCUAUUGUACACCAUCAAGAGGGACAAAUUUAAUGUGGGUCGAAAAGUUGGAACUGUUACGCUCACGGAAGCUAAAAUCAAUGCAUCCUUUCAAUCGGACCUAUCUAUUAUUGGAUCCCUUGGUGGAAUACAAGUUAUAGACAUCACCUCCGAGGCCUUUUGCCAUCCGAGAAUACUUUCUGUUGGCCGAGAUCAAAUUUUAAGAGCUUCGGACACAAAUAAGCAAACCGUUCUUAGUCAACUUUCGAAUGAAAUAUACUCAAAUAAUUACAACGAAGAAACGAAGAGCGACGAAAGUGAUGCUAUAAGUUUUCAAAGUCACUGGAGUGACAAGACUACUUGCACUUUCCAAAUGCGAAUGGCUUCGGCUUCGUAUACCCACUGUCCCAGGUUUUUGCGCGAUGUAAAUGCUUGCAUUACGUAUUUUAAAAGGAGCUUGCGAGAAUUUGCCACCUCCAUUGGUAAUAAAGCUACCGAUAUGGCCAAGGAGUUUGUGCAACAGGUUAGGGCAGUCGAGCAAAUCGGACCAGUUUACCCGCAACGAAAUCGCCAGGACAAUUGGCUUGAUAUAAUAAUUAGUAGUCCCAUAAUUAUUCUGCCCAUUUCCAACACAAGUACGAAUGUUUUGAUAGCCAAUUUGGGAAAGAUCAGUUGCUCCAAUGCCGUCAAAUGCGAUUCGGAUGAGUUUAAUGAAUCCUAUACGAUUGAGAUUAAAAACACAUACGUAUACUCCUUGAACAUUGAUGAAGGGGAGUAUAGUUUCAAUGCUCACCCUGCCAAAAAUAAGGAUGCAAUUCCCAUUCUGCACGACACAGCGAUUACUUUACAACUUUAUGCCGGAUAUAGUGACGAUAAUGAUGGAGACAAACAACUUAAUAGGUUCUCAAUAAAAGGAAGUAUGGUUGAGGCGCUUAAAGUAUCACUAAACCGGAAACAAUAUGAGUUACUUUUGGAAUCCAUUCGGUACGCAACUAAUUUCUCAAAUGACGUUCUAAAUGAAUCGGACGAACUGGAUCAAAACGGAGAUAUUGAACCAACUGCGAAUAUUGAUGGCGAAUCCAUUAUCAGCACAACUAUUCAGUUCUCAGUUCCCGUAUUUCAAAUCAACCUGCAGAAUGAAUAUCACAAUGAUUUGAUAAAUUUAACAUUUAAAGACUUUAAUGUAAAACAUGUUUCGAAAGGAUUUGACAAGGAUAUGGAAGUCGUGUUAAAGUCUGUGCUAAUGGAGGAUCUAAAGUCGGACCUAACAUCACCGUUUAGAAAUAUGGUGACCUCUGUGGACCUCGAACAGAAGAUAAAGAAAAAUGAAAUGACAUCCUCUUCGUGUCCUGACCUACCAAGCUAUUGUAACUCACUGAAAAGCCGAUCCAGCUCCGUUCCGUCCUGCUUCUACAACCACAUGCAGAUUAAAGUCUUUGGCGGAGACAAAAAGUAUACAUCUUACAACAAAAAUGAGUUGGGCAAAAAGAAGGAGAGUCAAACGUUAGUUAUUUACAAAUCACAUACCGGACGAUCUGCGCAAAAUGGUAAACUGGAGCAAACAAGUUCUAUUCAGUUUAAUUGCUUGAAUUUGGCCAUUUGCGUUGAACGCUGGUAUACUAUAUUCGACUUCUUUGGUCUGGUUUCCGUGGACAACGUCAAUGAAAAGUACCCCGAAGAGAUGAAACUGGUUGAAAAACAUAUUGACAAAGUUUGUAGUAAGCUGAAGGUGUCUAUAAGGAGCUUCAACUUUACAUUGAUUCGCAAUGAGUCGCUCUUGUCCAGAGUAAAUGUGUCGAAUGCGGUUUUCAUGAUUCUUCAGGAUCCCUUCUCCAAAAUCGUUGAAGGCUGCUUGGGAUCUGUGUCAGUUAAUGAUCUAACCAAAUAUGGAAACAUUUAUAAGCAGAAGUUUCUUACUAGUGGCACGGAAGCGUUGAACUUUGUAUAUAAAAAAAAACUUGUCGACCUGGAUGCUUUGAAGACUUUGGACACCGACUCAACCCUGCGAAUUAACAUGUCUGCAGUGCAUUAUAUACACACAAAACGUUUUUCAACCGAGUUACAUGUUUUCGUUAAGGAUCUGCUGCAAUUGCAAACGCCUGUUAUUAGAAAAUUAAAGAAACAUGGCAGUGAACAGAAUAUGCGGCCAUCGAAAAUGAAGCUAGUUAUUCAAGCUGAUUCUCCAGUUAUAGUGCUUCCAUCAUCCUAUAACAGAAAUGAAGUAAUAAUCGCAUACCUUGGCCAGUUCUCUCUGAAAAAUAGUUUCCACUUUGCCAGUGACAACAAUAUAAUAAGCAAAAUGAGUGCAACGCCAAGUAAAGAUGAAAUCUUGGAUGUAAUGCGAAUUGACCUGGUCAAUAUAAACCUAUUCUCCGGCGAAAGAAGCUCCAUGAAAGCUAAAGCUGAUCAGGAGAAAGAUCGAAUUAUAAUCGCUGAUAUGAACUUCCUACGAUUGGGUCAGCCGUUCUUCAAUGAGUCAUGCUUCCUUCAUCUGCAGUUGGAGAGAAACCUUUCGGCAGAUGCUCAGCGUGUCUGUCCAGACAUCAGUGUUCAAGGAACCUUCUCCAAAUUGAGUGGCAUCAUCAAUAUUCAGCAAUACAAACUGAUUCGAAGUUUUCUGAACAACAAUAUUGGAGAACAAACCGAUGAUAUUUACAUGAACUACCACAAUAACAGUUGCACAUCCAUCGAAAGACUAUCAACCAUUAACCUAAUGCCAAAAAAUGAAGUUUCUAAGAUAGUGUCCAUUCUAAUUUCGAUUCGAAUUUUACUGGAAGAUGUGUCACUGCUUCUGGCUUUAAAUACUUCGCAAAGUGCUGCCAUAGAACCUUUGGCGUGUAUCCACUUUUUGAAAUCCACUCUGGAAAUCGACUUGUUCAGCGACGGCUCACAGGAUAUAGACUUAAUAUCGAGCAAUAUUCUUAUUGUUGACGAGAGAAACGAAAGCGACAAGAGCAACGAAAAUGUGUUUAAAAACAUAUUGGAGCCAUCCAAAAAGGAGGUGCGAAUCGAGAAUUCCGUGCAGGUUGAAGUCCAUUGCAGGAAAAAAUCCAAUUUUUCCAAGUACACAAUAAUGCUCAACAACAUGAGAGUGUUUGCUCUACUCAGUUUUCUGGAUCAAUUGAAGUCAUAUUUGCAAGAAGAUUCACCGGCACCUGUGGUAAAUAGUGCGGCAAAUCAGAUUGCUCAAAAGCCUCAGAUGGACACCAGUAUUUCCACGGAAUAUGUUGUAAAUAUUACAGAUUCGGAGAUUAUAUUCGCCGAGGAAUGCAGUCGCUUGGACUCAAACGCAAUCAUUUUGAAAAGUACAACUGUCAUUUGUUAUAAACCAAAUAGCAACAUUGUGCCUCUGUCCUUGGACAUUAACCACUUGGAAAUAUUUUCCUGCACCCUGGACGCCGAAGAGGAGAGUGCUUUGUCCAUAAUCGAUCCUUUUACGUUGAUUAUAGAACUACGCAGUAAUUGCUUGAACAUACUAAUUCAGAAACACUUGAACAUUCGGCUUUCCUAUGUUGAUGUUAAAUUAUUUUCGAGAAUGGCGCGACUACUGCCCACACAAACAUCCAGAUCGAAGAACGUUAUAUCAAAGGCUGAUUCGGAUCUGGAGAAGGUGGCUCCGCUUGUGGCAAUGGGCUUCGAGAUAUCCGACUGUCUGUACGCCAUGCAGAUAAAUAAUUGGAGAAUCAACGAUGCCGCCAUUUGGCUGUCCCAGCAAAAACAGAACACCUACCGAAAUCCCGCCCUGGAAAUGAAAACCGCUGUGGUGGACGCCAGUCUCAUAUCGGUGUUCAUAAUCGACGAUUGCAUGGAUGCAGAUGUGCCACUGCUGGAGGUUUCGCUCUCGAAGUUCCUGCUCAACUUUACUUUCCAAACGCAGGAUCCCAAUCCCAAGGAGACAAAUAUUCGGCACUAUAGCUUGGGUAACAUCGACACAGAAGUGUCCGUGAACUAUUAUAAUCGUCGUCUGAGUGGAUGGGAACCAGUGGCAGAGACGUGGGAGUCCAAUUUGAACUGGAAGUACACCAAGGGUCAUCUGGAUAACAAGAAACGCUUUGAGAUUGGAAUUUCCAGCAAGCAGAUGCUCAAGUUGAAUGUGACAUCCACGUUUAUCGAACUGUUUCACAUGGUUCUGAAGAACUGGACAAACGAUUUCAAUGACAAUGGAGCCAAGAACUUUAGGCAACGUUCUCCUUUUAUUCCGUUCGCGCUCCAAAAUCUCAGCGGAACACCUUUGCUUUUUAAACCGAUUUAUGCUACACUUGGGGAUUUGACGCGUUCCGACUUACAGCAGGUGGAAUUGAUCAAGAACUGGUACUCCGUGCAGCCCAACGAGACGAAAACAUUCGAUUUUAGCCAGAAAAGCAAACUUAGACACGUGCACUCUCACCAAUUGAAUCUGCACCAGAUUUUCGUACAGAUCCACGGCUGGACAUUGAUUGGACCCAUAUCGGUGGACAAAGUGGGUAUGUUUUUCCGCACCACAAAAUUGGACUCGCAGUUUUUGACGAAAAGCCGGAUAGUCUUCGAUAUAUCAUUGAUUGGAUCUGCCCAGAAGCUCAUCAAAGUCAAGUCCUCGUUGGGCGUGAUAAACAAAUUGGAUCGGAAUGUAUUCCUUAAAAUGACCUUGAAGGGCACGCACAGCGAUGGAUUGAGUUCAAUAAGUGUAAUAAAGCCAAACGAUGAACUAUCUGUGCCGCUCAAGUUCAUCGAUGCCUCAUUAUAUGUGGCACAUAAUACGAGUGAGAGCGAUGCCUACGAGGACACUGGCUUCAGCAAUGAGGAAAUCCUGUGGAAAGCCUGCGGAAAGGAUGACACCCGGCAGCUACUCGCUGGCUACGAUACCAACAAGAGUAUCUUGUACACUUUCGUGAAUAUAAGCCGGGAAAUUUAUCACUGUAAGGAACAGAAUUUACCGGGUCAUAAGAUUACGCUUCUGCCACCGCUCAAGAUAAACAAUAUGCUUUGCUGUGACCUUAUGUUCAAGAUCCACGAGCAUGCCACCGGCAGAAUAAACUCAUCGGAAAGUGUUAAUAUCUACAACGUUAACAUUUGCCAGCCCCUCAACCUGAGCAUCACACUGGACAACUUUCAACUGUCGGGCCAACUUAAGAUUCCCGUGAGCCACAGGGGCGUUAUAGAACCGAAACUGAAAUUGUUUGACAUUAAGAAGCGGGAACUGCACGUGCGCGUAUCCAUACAAUCGGUGCCAGGCAAGGGAAUGGAACUAUAUAUCAGUGCUCCCGUUUGGAUAAUCAACAAAACAGGGCUUCCACUGAUCUACAAACAAGAAGGAACCAGUCAUACGGCAGCUGGGCAAUUCGAGGAGCACGAAACUGCGCGGCAAGUGGCGCCGCUAAUGUUCUCGUUUUCGGAUCAGGAAGGAUCUCCGGCACUGGUACUGCGAUUGGGCAAAGCUUAUGGCUCCAACAAUAUGUGGUGCAAAAGUUUUAGUACGCACAAGGAUUUGGCCGACAGGGAUUUGCGUGCGGAAAAUACAAAGGGCAGCUAUGCGAUUGGUAUCAGCGUCAGGAGGGGCAGAGGGCUCUAUGCUUGUACGACCUUUGUGACUCUGUCUCCCAGAUUCCAUCUCCACAAUCGUAGUGGCUUUAAGCUGGAGUUUAUGCAACUCUGCGACAUUGUUAACUAUGACCGUCCCGAUCCGCGUAAGAUUAUAUCAGCACCCGUUGAUUGCAACUUCGCUUUCCAUUGGCCUAACUGGGAUCAGGAGCAGAUUAUUUGCGUACGAAUUCCGGAGAUCGAGUGCUGCUGUUGGUCAAAGGGAAUUCCCAUCAAGGAUGUCCAGAGCUUGUACAUCAAUGUGCGAAAUGAGUGGGGAGAAAUGUUUUUUCUUCGCUUGGAAAUCAUCUCGAAGGAUGCUACUUUUAUACUCUUAUUCACGGACGCGCGAACUUUACCACCACCGAUUCGAAUUGACAAUUGCUCGGAAGUUGUCAUCAAUUUCUCACAGCUGAGAUCGAAACCCGUAUGGAUUACGCCAGUUAGACCGCAAUCCUCAUUAUCCUAUGUCAUGGAUGAUCCCUUGGGCCAACAGAUUUUGUUGAUGGAGGCGCCCGGAGGAAACAUGAUAGAGUUUCCGAUCAACAACAUAAACAACAUUAAGAAAACACUAACGUACACCAACUUCAUUUACAUCGCAUUUCAAGGAACUUUUGAGCGUUCGAAUGAGGAGGAAAACACGCACAGGCAGUUGGUUUUGGGCGUACGUGGUAAAAAAGUUGUGAUAGUUGAGAAGAACUCGGGCGAUCGCUCACAAUUGUGGCUAAUGAACUCGAAUGGUCAAUUGGAGCAUGAAGGAUCCACCCCGCCGAUACAAACAAAUGAUGCGAAUGCAGUGCGACUUGUACUCGAUCUGGAGAAGGCUCCGAAUCCCAUGGAGUUCACCAACUUGGUAGUCCGAACACCGAAUAAGCAAAGAGUUACAACGCAGACAUGGAGAUUCGAAAAUGGCCGGCUUAUGUGUCAUGCCAAUAUGUGCGUGCAGUCUCGAUUUGGAGAGAACGGCCUGAAGCCCAACUAUGAGGCAGUCGUGGGCAGAACGGAAAAUAGGUCAAGUUCGAGUAAACAAAUACCGAUCGGACAACACAUUGUGGCACAGAAACUAAGGCCUGGAUCGGGACAGCUGGAGCUAUCAACGAAAAUGGAUGGACCCAUAUCCACGAUCGAAAUAUGUGAUAUUAAAAUUAAACAAAAUUCAGUAUUCCUAACACCCGAUUUACUAUGGAUGCAUGCUUCGCUGAAUAAUAGGCAAAUUACGGAUAAGGGAAAAGUAUCAUUCGUGCAUGAGUAUCUGAUUAAUGUGGAGCUCGUUAAAGGUAUCGGUAUAUCCAUCAUAGCUCGCAAGCCUUGUGAGGAAAUCAUGUUUAUCAGCCUCGAUCACAUAAAUUGUGAUAUUGUGCAGAGUGCUUUGGAGAAUUCCUUAGAUCUGAAUAUUGCGUAUAUACAAAUCGAUAAUCAAUUGCUGGAUGCAGCGAGUCCGAUUGCGUUGCACACGCAAACUUCGAAUGAUCUUGAAGAAACACAAAAUGCAGUUGUUCUCAAACUGAAAAUGUUACCCUCCCCCAACAAGAACGCAAUCAUUUUCAAGUACUUAACCCUGGACUUGAAACCCUCAACGGCGAGUCUGGAGGAGAAGCUGAUACUUAAAGUGGCUUCAUUCCUGGGCUAUGGCAAGAUCAACCGUCAGAACUUAAGUGUGCAAUACCAAUUCGAGAACACGGAUGAUAAGCCUAUUCUGCAGGAUAUGAAGAGAUACUAUUUUGAAAACUUAAGUAUUGGCGCAACUCAGGUUCGACUUUCAGCAUUCACUUCUUCAAAGUUGCCGGUGGAGUUGCAUGAAACCAAGAAGGCACUUGGACUCACUCUUAUAAAAUUCGAAGAUGCCUUGAUUGAGCUCGACAGGUAUUCGGAUAAAUUGCACUUUGAGACGAUGGACGUUUAUCGGAAGGAGCUGAAGAAGCACUACAUCAACCAAGUCAAAUGGCAUGCGGCUGCAAUUUUGGGCAGCGUUGAUUUCCUUGGAAAUCCACUGGGAUUUGCCAACGAUCUUUCGGAAGGAGUAUCCGGACUGAUUUUUGAGGGCUCCGUCAAGAGUUUGGUGAAAAAUGUUACGCAUGGCAUAUCGAAUUCAACGGCGAAGCUAACAGAAACGCUGUCCGACAGCCUGGGAAAAGUUGUGCUGGAUGAUCACGACAAUGAGACGAGGCAACGCAUUCUGGAACUGCAGUCCAAUACAUCCGGCGGUCACCUUGCAGCGGGUCUGAAGGGUCUCGGAUUUGGAUUGCUGGGCGGAGUAACGAGUAUUGUAAGACACACUUACGAUGGUGCCACUUCCGAUGGCGUUCCUGGCUUUCUCAGUGGAUUGGGAAAGGGCUUAGUAGGCACCGUCACCAAACCGAUCAUUGGAGUACUGGACCUGGCUUCGGAAACAGCCAGUGCCGUUCGUGAAACAAGCCGAGAUAGUCACAGAAACGCUCCGGAAAGGAAAAGGCUACCCAGAUGUGUUACUGGUGCUCCUGGUGGUCUUUUGCCAUUGUAUUCCAAUCGCCAAAGCAAGGGACAGCAAUAUCUGUACCUAAUCAAUCAAAAGAACUUUUCGGAGAAGAUAAUUUCAUAUGAACCCAAUCUGUGGAGCGACAAGGAGGCCAGAUUGCGCUUACUGGUUUCUACAGAAUACGUACGAAUAUUUUCACUAAGCGACGGCAACCCCACCAUUAUGUUUGAAUGCCAUGUUAGUGAGAUCCUUUCGUGCCAUCCAGUGGUAACGAAUGCCGGCACAACGCCAUCUACGAGCAGCAGGGGGUCGACCAGUCACUACAUCGAGAUAUCGACCAAUCUUCCAAAGAUUACCAGGCCCAGGAUACGGUGUCGUUCCGAGGAAUGUGCUGAGACAGCAUCAAGAUGCAUAAACUACGCUAAAAGUGUCUUUGAUGAACGUGAACAUGCCGUUUUAUAAAAUGCAAUAAGUCGGUUCGUGAUAAUAAACAAAAACCUUUUGACAACAAA